AGUACCCAAUCGACCCUAGGUUUGAUAACACUAUCAAAAAAUUCUGUGUGAAGUACCUUACGAAAUUGAGGGGGCGAUUGAUUUCUCUCAUACGCGAUAUUCGCGGUUUUUUUUCACGCCUGAAAUUUAUGGAUUUUAGGUAGUUUGUGAAUGUUUUGAAAUAAGUAAAAUUUAGUAGAAGCAAAAAAAAGGAAAGCACUGAAAAUUGUGAAUUUAUGAUGUGAUUGUGGAUUUAACAAAAUUAACUAAUGUGUAAGGUAGAAUUGUGUUGAAGAACAGAAAAAGGGGUGUAUUUAAAUUUAAUUAAUUUCCUAUUAACAAUAUGCUUUAAGACACAUUUCACUCAAUAGUGCUCUAGCCCAUAGUAUUUUGGAUUACGAACUUUUGGGGUUGUUCAAUAACAUAAAACCAGGCAGCAUAAUUGGAGGACGAAUCCAGUUGGAGGAGAGUUGUUAACAAGCCAAGAAAAUUAUGACACGAUCAUCGUGGAACGAGGAAAUAAAAAAAGGAAUCGACACUGUUGGAGGGUUAAGUCACACCAACUAACGAGCACACAAACAGAACUGGGAAAGAAAGAGCUUUUGCAGAGAAACACCCUCACCCCACAAGAGCUUUCUUUCACAUCGUGAAAAUGAAAAUGUGGAAAUUGUGGCAAUGGAAGCAAAUUACAAUUGCGUGGACUCUCUUCACAAUUCUACAGAUGCUCAUCAACCGAGUGCUAUGCUUAAAGGAUCUGAAGAUAUCUGUACCAGAAGCUGUAGCUGAUGGAGACACUGUGACGCUAUCUUGCCAGUAUGACCUAGAAAAUGAUGCACUCUAUCUGAUACGAUGGUACUUAGAUGCUGAGGAGUUCUAUCGAUAUGUACCAAAGGAAGAGCCUCCAGCAAAAGUCUUUGAGAUAGUUGGUGUGUCUGUUGAUCUUAGAAAAUCAGAUGCCAAUAACGUGACAAUCAGAUCACUGACUCGGAAUCACACAGGAACUUAUCAGUGUGAGGUGUCUGCUGAUGCACCGCUCUUUCACACUGAACACCAAUCAGCGAAGAUGAUGGUAGCUUCCCUUCCGGAGUCACAGCCAGCAAUGUCGGUAUUUGGAGUGACGGCAGAUCCUUCGGGAAAGCGAGUGGUUCAGCUGGGUGACCGAUUUAAAGCCAGUUGCAUCUCAGGACCUUCAUAUCCGCCUGUCAAUUUCACAUGGAAAAUAAAUGGUGUCAAAUAUCCGUCCUCCACGUCGGGUUUUCGGGACAACGGAGGAGUCUCAAAAUCCUGGGAGACACGGGAAGCCUUCUCAGAGCUCCUCGUGAACGUAGACAAUGUCCUCAAUGGCGCCCACUUAACUCAUCAGGGCCACCUUUUUGUGAUGCAUUCCCAUCCUCGACGGAGUCUACAUCUCCGGUGUGAGACCAACAUAUUCACCCUCUAUCGCGGAGCUGCAGAGAUAACCAUGGAAGUGCAGGAGGAUAAUCCACCGACCUAUGGUGGCAAAGUUAGCCCCACAACGGAUCAGCGUGGUGGCGCGAAAAGCGGUGAUCCUGACAAUUCAGCCCUCAAAGGGAGUGCCAUCCUCCUGGGCGGUUGCCACAAGUGUCUGGUCUUCCGCAUCAUUCUAUUCUGGCUUGUGAUUGUCUUUUGUUUCUUAUAACUCCAGGACUCGAUGUGGACCCUUCCCAUUUCACCAUGAAGGAUUGUUCUCUCGAAGCACUUAAUGGGCUAUGCAGAGGAUUACUCACACUCCUCUUGUCCCAAAUGAAGAGACUAUAAAUUGUAUUUUAUCCCAUCUUAGCGUCACUAUAAAAUGCUGUGUAUUGCCGUACAACGGACUGGGCAAAUCUCUAUAGAAGUAAGAGUGUAUAAAAAAAAAAGUCGAGAAGAAUGUUCUCACAAUUACCCAGGAGUUUUUCACCUGAGAUUUAUUGAGGAACUUUCGCGUGUGAGAACUUAGUAAAAUUUCAUAGUGACAUGAUUUGAGCUACAGUGAUAAAAAUCAUUUCAAACAUAGAGUUUGUAAAAAUCACGAGAGUAAGUUUUUUAACUGUCAAAACUUUGACUGUUAAUCGUAAAAUUUGAGGAAAGUUACCUGUAUAAAGUUAUUUUGAAAUUUUAAAUGCGAAUUUGUAUACAAGAAUUUUAGUAAGUUUUCCAAACACUUUAAAUUCACUCUAAAGUUACUUUGAUAAGAGAGAUAUAGAAUGGUGACUGUUAAAGUUUGACUAAUAAAGUUCAUUUUCAGCAUUAGUUGAUUUCAUUACCCUAAGGACUUUAUAUGGAAAUCUAAUGGUAAGUUCAGAGAACUUGCGUAGGAAUAAAAAAUCCCGUUAAGACAAAAAUUGCGAUAAUACUCUUUUUAGAAUGGAUAAUCGUUAAGUAAAAUUGGCUGUCUAGUGAAUUAUUCCGACUAUCUCUAAUAGGCCUAUAACAAAUUAAAUGAGAAGAUUUGCAGGCAUUACAGGUCUUGAAAAAAUAAGAAAAGUAUAACCGACUUGAAAUGAUGAUUUUUGUUUUAAAAUUCAAAAAUUUGAACAAAAUCCUUAAUUAAUCUGAAAAGUCCUUAGAAAUCGUAAAGUAUCGCUUUACAGCCGAUCUACUAAAUCUUGUAUCAAUAUAUUCGGUAAAUUCCACAAAAUAUCAUUCAAACUUUAAAAAAAAAUACUGGUUUAACUAUAGUUUGAUCCUUCAAGAACGAGGGAUCAGCAAAAUUCCUUUCUGAUUAUUUAAAGGCAAGCAUAAUUUUAGAUGAUCGGAUGAUUUUUUUGGUAACCGAAGGCCGUAUAAUUAUAUAGGCGCAAAUACGAAUUUACGAACGCAUGAUCUAAUACUCAGGGGAGGGUGGGCUGGUACUGAAAUAUCUGACAAACUUAUCAUACAAUGUCAUUUUAUAGAUUUUUAGACCCAGAUCCGCUUAUGUAAAAAAAACACUCUUUACAAUGCCCCUUUUAACCAUUUAUUUCUAAGAGGAGAAAGCGUAGGGACCGUAGGGGCAAGUGGGGCAAUUUAAGAUAUGCAUGACUUUCGAAAAUAUAAAAUUUGGAAAUUAUUAAUCGUAUCGGAAUAUUUUGUUGCAAUGUUGCAAUCUAUGGGCAGAGUCGGUGCAUUUAUAUUACGUUUUAUCACAGUGAAAAUGUCUUUUAUUGACAUUCAGUUGCUUGCAAUGGGCGGGACUCGAACUCACAACUUUGAGAUUUGUGUCAGAGAUCUUAUCCGCCCAAGAUCCAACGGUCUUGCCUAUGGCGCCACUGAGAUCUCCAAUUUUGGAAUAAUAAAUUGCAAUAAGCAAUAUACUGAAUGCAAAACAAUCAGUACAUUUUCAAGUAGCCAAUAUCCAAAAGUUAGUAGCUGAACACAGCUUGAAUGUAGAUCAUAAACGUUUCGCUAAUCGGUCGAGAACAAACUUCAGCUUACAGGAAACUAUAAAACCUUGUCCUACCGGUGCUAAGCUUAUCUGGUGCUAAGUUACAACCAAUUACGGGUUUUGGACUGGUUUAAGGCUCAUCACCAUACGAACCUGUUACGUAUAUCUAUCCCCAAUUCCGUAUAUCAAUUAAACUGGAGUCUUGAUCUACAACCAAUUGCCGUUCUUGAUCUGACUCAUUAUCUGUCACCACUCGAGCCUGUUACGCACCACUGUUCUACAAUUCCGCAACCGAGACGCCAUCUCAUGGUCCACGCCAUCGGUCCAUCUGAGUCUGGUUCGGCCUCAUUUCCUUGAAGCAUAGAGUCUACCACUGACGACCUUUUAGGUUGAUUCGUCCUCAUCCUUGCGGACCAGAUGACCAGCCUACCGGAGCCUAUUGAUGCGUAUUUUCUUGACAAGAAUUACCUCUCGGUAGCGUUCAUAUAUCUCAUGGUUGUAUAGACUCCGGAAUCAUCCCCCCUCACAUACGGGGCUAUCCAUCGUAGAAUCGAUAGAUAGAGGCUCUCCGGUGAUAUCCAGUGGAUUUAAAGUUAUCUCACAAAAAAAACACUUUUUCAAUAUUGCCCAGAGCUUUCGGUCCUGGAUAUGGACAUUCUUCAGUAGCCGACUAAACUAUUCCGCUGAAGAGGACCAUAUUCAGGACCGAAAGUUCUGGGCAAGAUUGAAGAUUCUUUUUAUAAGGUGACUUCUAAUCAACUGACUAUCACCGGAGAGUCCCCUAUCUAUACGAGUACGUAUCACUCCAGUCCUUCAUCUAAGAGUACGCAAUUCUUUUUGCUUAGGUCCCACGUUUCAGACGAAUACGAUCAUAGUCCUAUACUGUAGUAGCUUUGGCGUUAUGCUUAAGGUUCUGGAUCGGAAAAUUCUUGACAGACUGAAAUAAGGCCUGACGAAGCAGUUAACUACAUCAAAGUUGCAGUCCUUCAUUAGGAGUAUUGGGAGCCUUAUUUAGCCGAUGUUUGUCGUAGAUGUUGCUGGACUUCCUGCUGACUAGGCCAUUAUGUAUUUUGUUUUGCCUUCAUUUAUCUGUAGCCUCAGACUUCGUAUGGCUUGUUUAAUCUAGAAGUCUUGUAAAACCCUGAGAUUGCGUGCCAGGAUAUCAAUAUCGUCAGCAUAGGCUAGGAGCUGAGUGGCCAUAUUGAGAAUGAUCCCUUCAUGCUCAUGCCGAAGUCAUGGAUCGCUUUAUCCAGUGCCAGGUUGAAAAGACGCACGAUAGUCUUUCCGUUUUUCUGAGCGAAUUGUUCACACAGACCCCCCGUGACAACGAUCCGUUCGCCUUAACUUUGCUCCAGACAUCGAUCAUGGAUCAUGGUCAUCGUAAUCAGUUUUGUCAGUUUGAUAAGCUUACUCAAUGAAAUCGGAUCAUGAGAUCUCCCCCUAAAGCCUUGCUUGGCUAGAUCAUUGUAAUCUUCACGAAUCAGAUGGCUAGCCUACCCAUGCCCGUUGAUAUUAAAGUCAUCAUAGCAAUGUUGUUGUGAAACACUUUUACAUCCUAGUGUAUAAAAAUCAAUCAUUCUCUUUUUAUCACACACUCUCUCUCUGGGGCCCACCAAAAUUACAAAGGACAAAGUAACCGCACUCUAAAACCAGACCUGGAGCUGGUAUCAUCUCAAAUUAUUUUCGUUCUCUAAAAAUCUCCUCAAUAUUAUACAAUAAUGUUUAUAAAAUAUUUUGCAGUAUUUCUUUGUUAAGAAUAGGAAAAAGUGGGGCACCCUUGCAUUGCAGCACCUUCGACUUCGACAUAAAGUUAACUGGGUUAACAAUUGUCAAAUUCGUCACCCGCAAUACUCCUUCAUAUGGAAAUGAACUCUGUUUAUCAAACGUCAAAAACAACAUGAUAAAUCUCACUUAUCAAAGUAUCUAAUAGCCAAAAAAAAAUUUAAGGUCAAUUCUCAAAUAAACUAAUUCUUCAAUGAGGUAAAAGAAAAAUAGAAAAAAAGAGAGAAGAUAAUAUUUAACUCCAGGAAGAUUCACAUAAAUGUCGCUUUAUUUGGUUAUACCAUCAGUCACUCUUUUGUGUAAAUAAAUUGAGUAUAGAUAUGGUCAGAAAGAGGCAUCCCACAUGAACUACAAACUACAUAUAUAUACAUAUAUACAUAUAAAAUACUAAAUAAUAUAAAUAUCAUGGAUUGUAUACAGAGUGGAUAAUGAAGGUAAUAUUUGUUUUCAAAUAGCACUAAUCGACUAGCUAAUCCCAUAUUGACUUCUGUAAUGUAAUCAACAGUGUUGAUAUUGCAUUAAGCCCACGAUAUACAUAAUAAUACUGUGUAAUAGUAAGUGAGGGUGGAAAAUUGAGGAAAAAAGAUGAUUGGAAAUGCGAUAUAGGGGUGUUAUAAUAUUUUAACAAACAGAGAUAAUGCUGUGAAUGGAAAUGGGUGGGAUUGUUGUUUAUUUGGAAUAAAUGCAUAUAAAUUGUUUUGUCUACCAGAAAAAAAAAAAUCUUUAGAAAAACAGGUGUAAUAUUAAUUUAAAGAAAAAUGUUUGGAAGAUUAAGACGUAAGGAUGACUGUACGAAGAAAACAACAUAAGGAAAUUUGUAGAAAUUAAAUAAAAAAAAUAAUUUCAAUAAUUA